CCCAUCUUUAAUUCCCGAUAGUCCCAAUGUAAUGUUUUUGUAACAAGACUGACGUUUGAGUUCAUUGUGACAUUGGAUUUCGUAUGUUGGGGAUAUUAGAUUUCGAGCUGAGGUUUAAAGUUGUGUGACACGUUUAAUAUCUGACUGCCACUCUGCUUUCGACCACCAGAUUGCCUUCACACCAUACAUUAACUGUUAUUUAUUGUCGACUAAAUUUAUUAUUUUGUACUUGAACGGGACAAAUAUCACUAUGCAGAUAUACACUUCUGAAAAGCGUGGCUCCGAUACAACUGGAGACGGAACAGAAAAAGCUCCUCUAAAAACUAUUCUUCAGGCCAUCGCUAAGUUAGAUGGGAAAAUUGAUGCGGAUACGUGCAUCUGGGUUGAUGGUGUUGAAAAUGAAAUGUGGGAUCCUGUAUCUAAAUCGAAACUAAAGAAGAUGAUCAAACAAUAUCAUAUUCAAGAAAGAAAACAUGAUAAGGUGCCAAAGAGAAAAGUUCCACCUGCUGAAAACGGUAAUCUUAGUGAAGCAGUGGAUGUUCAACUGACAUUGGACACAAAAUUACCUGAAGCAAAACAAUGUAAAAUUCGUGAUUUACAAACCUUAUACGAUCAACGUGUACGUGUGUACGGCUGGGUGCAUCGAAUACGUCGUCAGAGUAAAACUUUAAUGUUCAUUGUUCUUCGGGAUGGUACUGGGUUCUUGCAAUGUCUUUUUUCAAACAACCUGUGUUUAACUCAAGAUGCAAUCACGCUAUCACCAGAAUCUACUGUCGAAGUUUAUGGAAUGGUAAAACAAUUGCCAUCUGGUAAGUCAGCUCCUGGUGGCAUAGAAUUAGUUGCUGAUUGUUGGACGAUGAUUGGUAAAGCGCCAGCUGGUGGUAUCGACUCUGUAUUAACUGUGGAAAGUGAUAUAGACACUCAGUUGGACAACAGACAUUUGGUUAUUCGAGGAGAAAAUACAUCGAAAGUGCUCAGGCUCAUCAGCGUUGCUUUGGAAGCUUUCCGUGCACAUUACCUAGAUCGUGGUUAUGUGGAGGUUUUACCGCCGACAUUUGUUCAAACUCAAGUCGAAGGCAGUUCUACAUUGUUUUCUUUGAAUUACUUUGGUGAGAAUGCAUUCAUGUCUCAGUCGUCUCAGUUGUAUUUAGAAACAUGUAUACCUGCCGUAGGUGACUGCUACUGCAUAACCCGUAGCUAUCGAGCUGAAAAAAGUAGAACUCGACGCCAUUUAUCUGAGUAUAAUCACGUUGAAGCGGAAUGUCCAUUUAUUGAUUUGAACGGUUUAUUAGAACGGAUUGAAGAUUUAGUUGUUGAUGUUUGUGAUCGCAUCAUGAAAAAAUCCGGUGAUCUGUUAUUAGAUGUGAACCCACAAUUUAAAAUACCUAAAAGUCCUUUUAAACGACUUAAGUACGAAGAUGCAAUUGUUCAUUUAAAUAAUUUAGGUAUUACAAAAGAAGAUCUUACACCUUUUCAAUAUGGUGAUGACAUUCCUGAGGCUCCUGAACGUCGACUUGUGGACACAAUUGGCGAACCAGUUCUGUUAACUAAUUUUCCUGCUGGAUUAAAAGUUUUCUAUAUGUUGCGAACUAAAGGUGAUCAACGUCUGACUGACUCGGUUGAUCUGCUUGUCCCAGGCGUUGGUGAAUUAGUCGGUGGAUCAAUGCGUUUGGAUAAUAUUGAUGAUCUUCUCAAAGGAUAUCAGUUAGAGGGAAUAGAUUCAACUCCUUAUUACUGGUAUACAGAUCAGCGCAAAUUUGGAACUUGUUCACAUGGUGGCUAUGGAUUAGGUUUUGAACGAUUUUGUACUUGGCUUUUAGGCAAAGAUCAUAUACGAGAUGUUUGCCUAUAUCCUCGUUUCAUGGGUCGAUGUCGACCAUGAGUAAUAGUUUCACCAUAACUCCUAUAUCUUAGUAUGGAUGUACUCUGUUUUUGUUCUUACAUAAUCAGUACGAAAUUUUUUCAUAUACAUAAAUAUUUGUCAACACCUUCAAUGUUCGAUAAGAUAAUUCACAGUUUGUUGCAUUUUUUUUCCCAACGAAUGAUAAAUAUAUAUCAUACCAUUACUGAGGUUUAACUUGACAAUUUCAAAUAUAUUGAGCAUCUGAAUGAAUUUUUUAUUCUUAUGAAAGUGAUAAUAUAUUUAUAAUAUCUGAAUGAGUAGAAGAUUGAAUUUCAUAAGUUUUAGGGCUCAGUGUACGUCACUUCUUCUCUGUAUUAAUUAGUCCUUAAUAGUAGUCAAUGCGUACCAUUAAUGAUUGAGAUUGUCAAAAAAUAACAGAAAUGCCUAUUGCAGUUAUUUUGUGAGAAUGUGCUGAUGUGAUUUUUUUUUAACGUUUUCCAACGCAUGAUGUUUGUAACAUCAAGGAAAUUGAUUCUCAUUUUGAUAUUCGAGCUUUUUCAUUGUUUAAGGGUAAAUAACAACAAAUAUGUGUUUAAUUUUAACUUUUUCCUAUUUGAAAUGACAGCCGUUGCAUAAUAGUCAAAGACAUCCUCGCUGCACAUAAUUCGGAGUCAUUUAUCACCAAACGUUUUUUGGCAAAAAUAUUUGUACAGUUUUCUUAGGCAUAUACCUAAAUCAACAGAGAAGACCAUUUUAAUCUAUAUUCUUUCUGUGCAUGAAAAACCCGCCACAGUUAACUACAUUACUGAACAAACAAAUAGUUUAAUAGAUGGAGUAACAACAGUGUCAAGGUAAAUAGUCGUGAACUGUACACUUCUACACAUAAAAUAUUUUACGCUAACCUCAUGACUAGUUAUUUGGUGCUAGAUAGGCAAACCCCGGUUAAAUAUCUGUCAAUGCUUCUUACUAAUUCCCAGAGAUAGAUUAAACGUAUUUCACUGUUUCGGUCUUCCGAAUUUUGUAAUAUAGUAUUCAAGAGAAAGCAGUCAUCUGCGAAUUUUUGUAAACGAUCUAUCAUAUUCACGCGAAUUAGUCUAUUAUUAAGAAAUACAUCGUCUUGCACGUGAUAAUACCGAGGCAAAAUAUUAAUGCACCUUAUUAUAAAUUCACGCUCUUUGUUCAGUUAUUCAUCUAACAUGGCGUCUAAUUAUUACAGGUGACCAAUAAAAUCAAGCUUGUUACGUUUGUGAAUGUUCCUUUCAUCUCUGAAUGUGAGGUAUUAUUGAACGAAGAUACAUGUUUAUAAUAUCAGGAAAGUUAGGUCGCUGAAACAAAACAAUUCGUUAGUCGAAUUGAACAGCUUAAACUUCAGGUGAAAAUAAUUUUACGAUAUCCAUGAAAAUUUUCACUACUGUUUACUUUUCGGCUACAUAACUAGCAUAUCAGCAGGAUUCUCUUGUAAAUCACCUCAUGAUAAUAUGUUAUGAUCAGAUAGGAAGUUAUUGUGAACUAACGAAAUUUUUUGUUAACCAAGAUGAAGAACUACUAGGUACUCAAGGCAGACCACAGUGAUUUGUUUUGGCCCAACUAACUGUAUGCUGCGGCGAAGUUAAAUAGCAACACUAUUGGAACACUUCAUCUCUACAAGUUCUUCCUUAUCUACUGUCUUUGCACUCGCCCUGAGAAAUUUGAUUCGGUUACUUUUGCCUACCUCUAAUGAAAACUACAUUGGCUUCGAUAGUUUCCAAAUAAUUCUCGAGUCGUUCAGCUGUUAAUGAUUUUUAUACAUCUAUGUAAUGCUAGAUUUGAAGCCUUAUUUUUUUCUAAACUCUCACUGAUUGCGGUAUACAUCAGCAUGAAAACGAAUGUCAUUUAAUUUCUUUCAUCCUUCUAAUUAUUAUUCACAUCUAAUUAGUGACGUUUAGAGUAAAUUCUCAGUAAAAUAGAUUUUAGAAUUAUCAAUCAGAAUCAUAAAC